AUGUCGAUUCCUCUGAUGCUCCUAGGGAAUGCUGACUGCGAGGACAUUGAAAUUAUCUCUUCCGCAGGUGAAGAUGAUUCUCCCACUGGACUCGUUGAGGAAUCGGUCGGGUCAUAUUCCCGAGCUGUAGUGAUGACCGGAGGGCUGCCAAACGAGCCACCUUUUGUUUACCAUGGGAUCUACUUUGCUGGAGCGCGGGGCUUGCUGCCGGUGGAGGUCGAUCUGAAGCUGGAAUUCCUUGAGCAAGGCAUUUACCUGGUGCGAGGUGUGGAGGUCUCUCAGCUCCCGUAUCCGUCGGAUCAUGCUGCUGAGAUGCUUGCAUUCUCUAUGGUUUCGCAUGGACAAGUUCGAUGGGAUCAGAUGCUUCGGCUUGUCAAAUUGCUGCCUUGUGAUGCCAAUCUUAGAUGGGCGCAGUCAGAGUGCCACGCAGAGGCUCCUCAUCGCUUCACGUCGGGCGCUUGGAAUCGCGGGCCGAUGACGGGAUUGACUAUCACAGCCCGGGGUUUUCCAUGGGCGACUGCCGUAUUGGCGAGUGUCGUCGCCACUUGGGAUGAAGCUCUUAACUUCAGUACUUGUACGCUAUCCCUCAACGUUUGUGCCAAGCCUCACAGGGACAGGUACAAUCAUGGCGAGUCCAGAAAUCUUGCGAUGCCGAUGUCACGCUUCUUUGGAGGUGAGCUCUAUGUGGAGGCAGAGGCGGGGAGGACUAGGCUCAGCGAGGAUGGUCCUUGGGGUCACGUGCUGGAGCUUUCCUCGCCUGUGUCAUUCACUCCGAAGGCGUUGCAUGCCAGUAUGCCGUGGCAUGGUACCCGUUUGCUGUUGCUUGCAUUUCAUAUUGGGCAAGUUCGCAAUCUCUCCGAGCGGAGCCGAGCUGGCCUACAAAAGCUGGGCUUUCGGUUGGGAUUUUUGGAGUGA